AUGACCUCGAUCACACACCGUGUAUCCAAAGAGUCGUAUAAGUGUGAUGCCCCACCAUCAGAUUCCUCUAUUGAGGUUUUGAAUGAGUACUAUUGGACAAAAGAUGCUGAGCCUCACGUGGAAAGAAGAAAGGCCAUCAUGGCCAAAUAUCCACAAGUGUCGCGUUUGACAGGCUAUGAGCCGAAAACAAAGUGGUAUGUGAUGUUUGUGGUGGCCCUUCAGUUCUCUGUGGCGUACUAUUUGCGCAAUACGUAUCCAAUUUCGUGGAAAUUCUUUGCGUUGGCGUAUGUGAUUGGUGCUACCUCGAACCAGGCGAUCUUCCUUGCAAUCCACGAGUUAUCGCACAACCUCUUGUUCAAGAAGCCUCUUCACAAUAAGUUGUUUGCCAUCUUCACCAAUUUGCCGAUUGGCAUUCCUUAUUCCGCGUCUUUCCAGCCUUAUCAUCAGCUUCACCACAAAUUUAUGGGUGAUGAGUUCUUGGACACAGAUUUGCCCACUCGUUUUGAAAGCAUUGUCCUUCUGAACGUCUUGGGUAAAGUUUUCUUUGCAACUUUCCAAAUUUUCUUCUACGCAUUGCGUCCUAUGUUUUAUCACGCAAAUCAAAAUUCACCUAUACCCAUCUUUUGA